CACGUGUGGGCCCUGUCCCCGUUACCGAACAGAGCAGUGCCCGUCGCAUUGAUUUGAAGGGGAAUGAGUGCUGACACAUCCUGUCCGCGCAGAGAGGCUCGCGCGGCUCCCGCUUUGCCUCACAGCGCGAGGCCAGCUGAGGGGCGCGCGGACUAAUGAGUCUCUGGGGCAGGGGCGCUUGAUUUCCGCUCUGAGACCUGCCCAGCAGCAGCCGCAGCACCUGGACCACAGCUGGACAUGUCUCUGCUGAAGCAGCGGGGGAGAGAGCUCGAGCGCUUCGACGGACUGUCGCUCAUUUACUGGACUCUAAUGGGUCCGUAUGGAGUUGACAGAGCUGUUCAUUCCAUGGAGUUUACAGACUGUGAGAAUGGCCUGGGAAUUAAAGUUAUUGGUGGAGUGAAAGAAGUAACGGGUGAGGAGUUCGGAGUUUACGUCAAACGGAUUUUACCUGGUGGCCUUGCUGCAGCUGAUGGAAACCUGUUGCCAGGGGACCAGAUCUUGGAAGUAAACGGGGACAGUCUAGUUGGAGUCACAAGUGAAAGAGCUGUGGAUAUCUUGAGAGCAGCCUCUGCCACUAAUCACAUGCGCCUUCUUAUUGCCAGAGAUGAAGAAGCAAAGAGAGAAUUUGCUGAGCUGCUGGAGAAAUAUGGCUCCAAUGGAAGCACAGGAUCAACCCGCAACUCUCCCAUCCAGCAAGGAGGUCGCCUCUUGGACAGCACGUCAUCUGGUUCCUCAUCUCGAUCUCAGAGUCCAUUGCUGCUGAGCCCUGCAAGCUCUCAGAACAUGUACAGUGGUGGGCCCAUGAUGCGCUCCCUCAGUCAUCCAGGUGAAGGAGUGAUUCAGCUCAUUUCUGUAGCACGAUCCAGUAGUUUAGGAAUCGUCAUUGGGGGAGGCUCCAACAGGCCUGAUGGCCCUGCUGUGUUCAUCCAGGAGGUGCUGUCUGGAGGAGACUGUCACAAGGAUGGUCGCCUGAGGCCGGGAGAUCAGCUCAUUGCCAUCAACAAGGAGUCUUUGAUUGGUGUAACUCAUGAGGAGGCAAAGGGCAUGCUGAACAAAGCUAAGUACAGCCAAGACAAUACAGUGGAAAUAGCCUUCAUCCCAGGAAAAGGUCUUUUUCCAAGCAGCACAUCGCUCCACAACGGAGUUCAGCGAGCUGCAGGCAACAGCUACAGCUCUGGACGCUUAAAAGUUCACAUAAGGUCACCUGAGAUCUGUACUGAGGAGCCAGCCCCCGUGUCUUCACCCUCUCCAGACAUCUGUCCUCCAGAUAUUCAUAUUUCAGGUUCUACCAGCCAAAGGUCUCCAACGGACACAAAACCUAAGAUAACACUUGAUCCACACAUACGCCUCAAAUUGGACAAGUUAGACUUGGCUUUGUCUUUUCUUGGAUUGGAUGUCAGUGAAGAUAAAAGGAAGACACUGAGGCAUAACCUGACCCCAGACCCACAAGGCACUGUGGCAUAUGGAGAUUUUGUCGAAGCUUCACGGAACAUCUUCCAGGAGGACCUAGAGGAGUUGGGUUUAGGAUAUGGUCCCUUCACCUUCUCAUAUCAUGAAGCAGCCAGUUUGAUGGACACAUCAGCAUUUCAUUCACCUACUUAUGAAUCAGAGUGCAGCUACAGCAGUGAGGAGAUGGAGCAGUUUCAGACCGAAGUGAAGCAACUGCAGACCCAGAUGAAGCAGCUUAAGGUGAUUCUGAAAGACAUGGAACAGAGCAAAAAAAGCCUGGAGGAUGAGCUACAGAAGACAUCAGAGGUUUCCCAGGCUCAGAUGGAGUGCAGAGGAGAUGGCGGCCUCUGUGGAGCAGUUGGAGUGAAAGCCUGUUUGACUGUGGAGGAGAACACCCGUCUGAAAAGCCGUCUGCAAGCAGCUGAGGCUGGGGCAGUACAGCGUCAGGCCACCACUGCUGAGCAGGACUAUGAGGAAGUUAUCCAGCUGCUAGAAGCUGAGAUCAGAGACCUGAAGAACCAGCUGGCUGCCAAGCGGCAAGCCUGUGGAGCAGUGGCUAAAGACGACGUAGUUGAGCUCAACAAGAAGCUGACCGCCAUCGACUCCCAGCUGAGGAAGUCUGAGCUAAGUAGAAAACACCUGGAAAUCUCCAACAAUAAACUGCUGGGCUUCGCUCAGAAUGUGCACAAGGUCCUGACUACACCCAGUCUUUUUGGAGGAGAUGGCGGGAGCAACAGGUCAUCUCCAGCCACAGACAGCCCCGACACCCAAUCACCUCUUCCUGAUCUUACCUUCCAACUGGCUGUGGAGGCGAAAGAGCUGGUGGAGGGAGUGUGUUCUUCCACUGCGGAAAAUAAAGCGUCUGAUGGCGUAUCAGAGGUCAAUUCUCAUCAUGUAUGAGCUACAGAGAGGUGAAGGACUGAAGAAGGUCCUGCUCCAUCACCAAAGAGGCCCACUGAGCCCAGACCAGCGACAUUCUUCACCAGUCAACAGGACACGGCCACAUCAGCAAACAAAGUGGCUUCAGCCAAUCCAGACCCCCCAGUGCACCGUGACAGACAGCAUCUCUGAGCGGACCCUGCUUGUACACAAAUUAAAGACUGCAGCCGAAGCAUUCCCCGGCGUCUCAGCAGCAAACGAUCUUGUUCCUUUUGCAGCACGUGAUGUUGAAGGCACUGCAUGACUGAGUGCACAAUACAAAUGUGCUGUUGUAAACCAUGUUAAUACUCUUCUCUGAUGUCUUUUGUAAAGCUAUACAAUCACAGGCAGACUGACUACAUUUACUGCAUGUGAAGGAAAGAUUUUUUUCUGCUUAGGUGGGACAAUAUGGAGCUGAACAGUCUGUUUCACCGUCAUCUCCCUGCCAUAUCCUUCAUUCCUUUCCCGGUUUGUUUGCUCCGCCACAAAUGUAGGUAUUGUCGAGAAAUGUGUAGAAACAUAAUUUUGCCUCUCCUUGUGCCCUUUCUCAUUAAUGAAAGGUUGAAGGAGAAGUCUUCUGAGAUUCUGGACCUGAGUGAUGAGUGUCAACUGCAGCUUUAUAUCACUGCUGUGGUUCAUGUUGAUGGAGAGGCUUUACUGCCACCAUGGCUUCAGCUGUGUUCUCUUGUGCUACAUGUUGUCAGUGUGAACAGAAACCAGUUAUAGACUACAUGUAAAACAUUGUUUUGAUUUCUGCCAACAGCGGCAAACCCAUUUAUGAAGUAUACUAUUGAACUGAAUUGCAUCUUCAGUGUGGCCUCAUAUUCUUUAUUAUGUUUUAUAUUAAAGGGAUAGCUGAUGAAUGGA